CAUUCUAAACGUUAACGUAUCGAUUUUUUUUGAUAAUGUCGUUUUCAUUUGGUUCAAACUCUUCACAAAGCUCUGGUUUCGGUUCUGCUGCUAAACCAACUUUUUCAUUCGGAAGUACAAAUACUGCAACGACUAGUACUGCGGGUUUUGGAGGAUUUGGUACAUCAACAAGUGCUUCUGGGUUUGGUACAUUUGGUGCACCAUCAUCAACUGCAGCGACACCAUUUGGUCUUAGUACAGCUACAACAACUACUCCUAGUCUUUUUGGUGGUACUGGUUUUGGAUCUACAGCAACUAAACCAGCUACAGGAUUCGGAACGGGUACAUUUGGCACAAACACUUUUGGAACUAACACAGGGUUUGGAACUGGCACCUCAACAUUUGGUAGUGCUGCACCAACAUUUGGUACUAAUACACUCGGAGGCAGUACUUUUGGUACUGGAUCAAGCUUUGGCUCGACAUUUGGCGCUAAAACUACCAGUACUGGUUUUGGUGGAAUUGGAACAGGACUCGGAACAAGUACUUUUGGCACAAAUACUUUUGGUCAACCACAGCAACAGCAAUUACAACAGCAGCAACAGCAGCAAGGACCAACAAAUGCUCAUGAAGCUUUAGUUGCAGCUGUGUUUAACUGUUGUGUGUUUGGUGAUGAGAGAGAUCAGGUGCUGGCCAAGUGGAACCUAUUGCAAGCUCAAUGGGGCACUGGUCAAGCAUACUACAGCCGUACUGCACCACCGUUAGAGCUCAAUGAACAAAAUCCACUGUGUCGUUUCAAAGCAGUUGGAUAUUCGAGGCUAGGAGGCAAGGAGGAUAAGGAUGGACAUGUUGCAUUGGUCUUUAAUAAAACUGAACAAGAAAUAAAAAAUAAUCAACAAGCACUCAGCACGUCAUUAUCAGGCCUUUUGGGAAAUAAACCAAAUUUAGCUUUAAAUAUUGAAUCCGUGAAGGCUGUAUCAGAAACCAAGACUCAGGUAGUAAUAUAUAUUGUCGACAAGGGUGCUGGAGGGGUGCACAUAAGUGCAUCAGAGCUGGCUACGUUUUUAAACACUGGUGUUGCAAAAACAAAUCUUACAAAUGCAGGCUGUAGCAGUAUAACACCGGUUACCCGUCCUACACCUCAGAUGUUAGAACAGUACCUGCAGAAUCCACCACCAGGUAUGGACAUGCGGCUGUGGAAGCAGGCUCAAGCUGAUAAUCCUGAUCCUGAUAACUACAUACCAGUGCCUAUUAUUGGUUUCUCAGAGAUAAAGUUCCGGGCGCGCUGCCAAGGUGAGGAGGCGGCGCUGCAGGCGAGCUGGCUGAGGCGCGCCGCCGACACGCUGGCCGCGCUGCGCACGCGCCGCGCCGCCGCCGCCGCCGCGCUCGACAGCCGCGCCGCCUCGCUGCACGCGCUGCGGCACACGCUGCUGCAGGUGAUAGCUCGUCAAGAAGUCGUCGGCCGUGUAGGCAUAGCCCUGAGCCCAGAAGAAGAAGCGGCCAGGGCUCGCUUGCAGGAACUGGCGUCUCAACUGGCUGCUCCACCGUUGUAUAACGGUCGUCUAAAUGAACUGCUGUGUGCUGUCCGAUUACAACGCAGUGCAAGCGCAGGAGCACCGCACGAGAGAUACCACUUGGAUCCAGGCGCACAAGAAGAUGUGAAGCAAUUCCUAUCUCUACAACAGCGUGGUAUGGCUCACUUGCUCGAUACGGCAAGGAAGGAUCUUUCUGCUCUGAACACUAUCGCGGAGGGGAUGGCUCGUCUUGUAAGUACUUAGCAAAGCGUUCAACCGGUGAACGACUAUUCCACGCAUUUCGUUGAGUGGUUCGGAUAAUUGUGAAAAACUAUAACGCCUGAGAUACAUGAUACUGUGUAUAAACCUAAUAAAGUGUUUUUAACUUUCCUUUCAUGUUUUUAUAAAUAUAAAAAGUUUCUUAGUUGAUUGUAAUUAUGGAUUAAAGUCGAAUAUUUUUGUUCAAACAAUUCAUAAAAACUUAUUGUACAACCAUAAUAUUUACUCUGUUAAAAAGUAUCUUGAUAGUGAUAUACCGAAUGUGUUUGAGAAAUAAUACUGUUCAAAUAUUAUUGUAUUCUCAUAGGUGUUUUAUAUUGUAGCCGAUAUAUUGCAUUAAUAUAAAAUAAACAACGAAAAAAUUAA